AUGUGUGUGGCCAAGGUGAAAAUUCGGUGCAAGAGUUUGAUUUUUCUUUUCUUGUUCGGAUUUUUGGGCGAAGUUGAGUUGCAAACUACGCAGAAUAUUAACGUUUUGUAUAUCAAUGAAGUGGGGAACGACAUAGCGGCCAAGGCGGUGGACGUGGCUGUGAAUUAUGUGAAGAAGAAUCCCAAUCUCGGCCUGUCCGUCGAGGUGGUGUCCGUUGAGGGGAAUCGCUCGGACUCCAAGGGACUCCUAGAGUCCCUUUGCUCCACGUACAAUCGGGCGCUGGUGAUGAAUUCGCCACCGCACGUCAUCCUGGACACCACAAUCACGGGUGUGGCAUCGGAGACAGUGAAGUCCGUGAGUUCUGCUCUUGGAAUUCCCACCGUGAGCGGCUCCUUCGGCCAGGAGGGCGAUCUGAGGCAGUGGCGCGAGAUAAAUGACAAGAAGAAGAACUACUUGCUGCAAAUCAUGCCGCCCGCCGAUCUCAUCCCCGAAGUGAUUCGUGGCAUCAUCAUCAAUCAGAACAUCACCAGCGCUGCAAUUCUCUACGACUCGUAUUUUGUGAUGGAUCACAAGUACAAGGCUCUGCUUCAGAACAUUCCCACACGCCAUGUCAUCACGGCGAUCAAUACUGAGCAGCGCGCCGAGCAGAUAGAAAAGCUGAGGAAUCUCGACAUCAACAACUUCUUCGUGCUCGGCGGAUUGACCUCCGUGAAGGCGGUUUUGGAAUCCGCCAAGAAGGAGUACUUCGAGAGGAACUUCGCCUGGCACGCCAUCACGCAGCAAAGAGGAGAUCUCACAGCCAAUCUGGACAAUGCCACCAUAAUGUUCUUGCGGCCUGUGCCGGACAGCAAGGCCAAGGAUCGCUUGGGUGUCAUGAAGACGACAUACAAUCUCAAGCAAGAGCCUGAAAUCACCUCAGCUUUCUACUUUGAUUUGGCUCUGAGGACUUUCUUGGCUGUCCGCGAAAUGCUCCAAGUCGGCGCCUGGCCAAUGGACAUCAAGUACUUGAACUGCGACAACUACGAUGGCACAAACACUCCUGACCACAUAAUUGAUCUCAAGUCCUACUUCAUUGGCGUCUCCGAGCCCACAACUUACGGCACUUUUGAGUUCAACACGAGACCUUCGGUGCCCUUCAACGGUUACAGCUUCAUGAAGUUCGACAUGGACAUCAAUGCUGUGUCCAUCAGAGGAGGAGCAUCGGUCAAUACGAAAAAUCUGGGCUACUGGACAGCCGGUCUGGAUGCCAGUAUUUCGAUUAAGAAUCAGGAGGACAUGAGAAAUCUCACAGCCGAUGUGGUUUAUAGGAUUUAUACAGUUGUUCAACCGCCAUUCAUCAUCCGGGACAAGGACGCGCCGAAGGGCUACAAAGGCUACUGCAUAGACCUAAUAGAUGAGAUAGCGAACAUCGUGAAGUUCGACUACAUGAUCCAAGAGGUGGAGGACGGUAAGUUUGGCAACAUGGACGAGAAGGGCGAUUGGAAUGGAAUCGUGAGGAAGCUGAUCGACAAGCAAGCGGACAUCGGUCUGGGCUCAAUGUCGGUGAUGGCAGAACGAGAGACAGUCAUCGACUUCACCGUUCCCUACUACGAUCUCGUGGGCAUCACGAUCAUGAUGCAACUGCCCAGCACUCCCAGUUCCCUCUUCAAAUUCCUCACCGUGCUGGAGACGAACGUGUGGCUCUGCAUCCUGGCGGCCUACUUCUUCACCAGCUUCCUCAUGUGGGUCUUCGAUCGCUGGAGCCCAUACAGUUAUCAGAACAACCGCGAGAAGUACAAGGAUGACGACGAGAAGCGAGAGUUCAACAUCAAGGAGUGCCUCUGGUUCUGCAUGACUUCUCUCACGCCUCAAGGAGGCGGAGAAGCACCGAAGAAUCUCUCAGGACGCUUGGUGGCGGCCACGUGGUGGCUCUUCGGAUUCAUCAUCAUCGCUUCGUACACCGCCAAUCUGGCUGCCUUCCUCACCGUCUCCCGUCUGGACACUCCCGUGGAAUCUCUGGACGAUCUGGCGAAGCAGUAUAAAAUCCUCUACGCACCUCUCAACGGCUCCUCUGCCAUGACGUACUUCCAGCGCAUGGCGGACAUCGAGGGACGCUUCUACGAGAUCUGGAAGGACAUGUCGCUCAAUGACUCCCUCACGCCCGUGGAGAGAUCCAAACUCGCCGUGUGGGAUUAUCCGGUGAGUGACAAGUACACAAAGAUGUGGCAAGCGAUGCAGGAAGCCGGACUGCCCAACAGCCUCGACGAAGCCGUGGGCAGAGUAAGGAAUUCCACUACAGCCACAGGAUUCGCCUUCUUGGGAGAUGCCACGGACAUUCGCUAUCUCGUGUUGACAAACUGCGAUCUGCAGAUCGUUGGCGAGGAGUUUUCUCGCAAGCCCUACGCCAUAGCCGUGCAACAAGGAUCUCCGCUCAAGGAUCAGUUCAACAAUGCGAUUCUAAUGCUGCUCAACAAGCGCCAGCUGGAGAAACUGAAGGAGAAGUGGUGGAAGAAUGACGAUGUUCAGAGCACUUGUGAGAAGCCCGAGGAUCAAUCGGACGGCAUUUCCAUCCAGAACAUCGGCGGUGUGUUCAUCGUGAUCUUUGUGGGCAUCGGCAUGGCGUGCGUGACGCUCAUCUUCGAGUACUGGUGGUACAAGUACCGCAAGAACCCCAAGAUCAUCGACGUGAGCGAGGCGCCCAUGACGCAAGCCGCGGGAAAACACCACGAGAAGCUGGGCGGCGACAUUGGUGGCCUCAUCAAGUUCGACGGCAAGACGUCCAACAAUGCCGCACUGCGUCCGCGCAACCAGCUGGCGGCCGCCAGCACCUUCAAGCCACGCUUCUGAGCCCCAAGUGGCCCCCCAAAUGUGUGUGUAUUGACUUUCUGCACCGUGACUCUGGCUUCAUUUCCCGCCAAAACAAACGCGCAACAAUGUGUGUCGCUGAGGAUGUGGUCAGCCGCUCUCUCUCUCAGCUAAAUUGUCUCAAUUUGCACUCCCGGCCAUUCUCAAUAAAGGCGUGCGUGUGGUGAAAAGACACUGCCUUUUGCGACGGAGUCAAUAUCUCUCUCUGUGGUCAGCGUGUGACUGGCAUUCCAUUCCUUAAGCCCCUGUCCAAUAAAUAUUCCCCCCACUAAGAGGCCCCCCAAAUAAAUCAAUCAAAUCACACUCUCUGCCGGCCGAUAAUUUGCACCCGAAUUUGCGAUAAUUUAACUGUGUUAAGUCCCAAAACCACAAGACUUCGAUUGUCUUGCUGACAAUGUGGACAAAAGCCCAGUACUUUUUAUAACAUUUCAUCAUCACCUCCGGC